AUGGCUCUUGGGACGUGUUGGAGCUCCGCAAAGCAUGGAGCGGAGCCUGAAGCACUCGAGAGCACUCCUGUCAUGGACCUGACCGACGAUGCGAGCCCUCCCGCGCUGGGCCGCGUACCGCAGCCGGAGAUUGGAAUGCCUUACGGUUUACCCCACCUCUCCAAGACUGACCCAGAGCUGCAGCCUCCGCAGUUCGUUAUGUGCCGGGCAAUCAAGACGGUUGAGAGCCUGUGGUGCGAGUGGACUGUUGGCCUGCCGGGCCGGCCGGGCAAUGCAUAUCUCGACCGCAAAUGGGGCAGCCGCUGGCGGGCGAGGCGGGGCGAGCUACAAUGGUUCCUCGAUGCGGCUACCGGUUAUGAGGGAGACCCGGCGCGUCGCGCAGAGGCGGCAAAAAAUCGGUUUUUUCGGAAGGUGAGCCGCCCUGCCAAGGGAGCGCGAGAUGGCGGCGGCGGCGCAACCUGA